ACCCUCUGACAACUCUCUCUCGCUCGCUCGCUCUCUCUCUCUGCUUUUUCACAAAAAAAAAAGAAAAAAGAAAAAACUGAACAGGGGUUGAAACUGAAACAGGGUAAGACUCGUAAAAGCAGUGCAGUUUCUCCUUCAUUCUCUCAGUUUCCUGUUUAAGGAGGCCAUUUUGUAACUCAGCCUGGAGGAGAGCACAACAAAGUUUGGCAUUGUUUUUGUGUUUUUGUUUUUUUCUCUCUCUCUCUCUCACACGACUGGAGGUUUGGACUUUCUCCUCUGCAGAGCGAAGUCUUUGGACAAAAGAGGGAAGAAGGCAGAGGUGGGAUCGCGGCAGGGAAGAUAGUUUUUUCUUCUCUCUGUGUACUUUUUUUUUCUUUUUGACAGUGUGAGUUUCUCACACGCGGUGCUCAUGCUUCACAUGCCUGGACUUUAAAAGACUUCAUACGACGAGAGAAGUGUCAGAGAUUAGGAGGAGAAACUCUUCUUCCUGGGUUUAGGAUUUCCUCCUUGAUCCACUGGGAGCGGGUGGAUUCGGGACUCAGAGGAGCCGGGUAUGCGAGUGCCCACGCCGGACUCCUCCUCGAGACCCUUUGAAUGAGCCUGGCUUCCCUCAGAGCUCCACACUGCGCCUGUGUUUGUUGCUCUCGCGGUCAGCGGACUCUGAAUGGCGAACGCCAGCCCCUGCAUGUCCUCGGGGCCCAUGGCCCAGGUGUUCUUCCCCCCCGGGGGCCCCUCAUCACCUGCCUCUGCUGUGAUGCAGCAGGGCGCCCCCAUAGCCAUGCCCUCGGUGCCCGCUCACGGCGGCUUCCCCCUGAUGGACCUGACUGCGGUGCAGGGAGCCGGAGGGGUCGUGAUGCUUUCACUGCCUCCCACGCCGGCGGGGAUCUCCUUCAUCAUCCAGAUCGGCCUGACCAGGGAGUCUGUCCUCAUGCCCCAGAGUGCGGACCUGGCCUACGUCAAGCAAAUCGCCUGCUCUAUUGUUGACACCAAGUUUCCGGAGUGUGGCUUUUAUGGAAUCUAUGACAAGAUUUUGCUGUUCAAGCAUGACACUUCAACCAACAAUAUCCUUCAGCUGGUUAAAGCAGCCAGCGACAUUCAGGAGGGAGAUCUGGUGGAGGUGGUGCUCUCCGCGGCAGCCACUUUUGAAGAUUUCCAGAUUCGGCCCCACGCGCUCAAUGUGCACUCCUACCGAGCGCCGGCCUUCUGCGAUCACUGCGGGGAGAUGCUGUUUGGGCUGGUGAGGCAGGGGCUCAAAUGUGACGGGUGUGGACUGAACUACCACAAACGAUGUGCCUUCAGCAUCCCUAACAACUGCAGUGGGGCUCGCAAGCGGCGCCUGUCCACCACCUCCCUCAGCAGCAGCCAGUCCCUGCGCCUCUCCACCACCGACUCGGUGUCCACCUGCGCGGAGGACGCCAGCCUCACACGCUCAAACACUCAGAUGCCACGCACCCCCAGCGACGCCCGGCGCUUCUACACGGGUCGACCGGUUCACCUUGACAAGAUCCUGAUGAGCAAAGUGAAGGUGCCCCACACGUUUGCAGUCCACUCGUACACGCGGCCGACGGUGUGUCAGUACUGCAAGAGGCUGCUCAGAGGCCUGUUCAGGCAGGGUCUGCAGUGCAAAGACUGUAAGUUCAACUGCCAUAAACGCUGCGCGUACAAGGUUCCUAAUGACUGCCUUGGGGAGACUUUCGAAAACAAGGCGAACAGUGACUUGUUGAGUCCCAGCGCAGACCCUGAAGUACCCAUGGACUACAGCAGCGAGUAUGACACCUCAGACAAAUCCUCGAUGGACGACUCAGACGAGGCCUGCAGCAUCCCUGGCUCCUUUUCUCCCGACAAUAACCAGGAUGGAGCCAGCGGAGACCAAAGUGUUUACAUCCCAUUGAUGAGAGUGGUACAGUCGGUGCGGCAGACGACCCGUCGAUCCAGCACAGCGAUCAAGGAAGGAUGGAUGGUUCACUACAGCAACACGGACACACUGAGAAAGAGGCACUACUGGCGCCUGGACUGCAAGUGCAUCAUCCUCUUCCAGAAUAACACCUCCAACAAGUACUACAAGGAAAUCCCCCUCUCUGAGAUCCUGGAGUUGCGUCCUGCUAGUGAUUUCACUCUUGUUCCCCAAGGCACCAAUCCCCACUGCUUCGAGUUCGUCACAGCCCGCAUGCGCUACUUCGUGGGGGAGGACCCCAAUACCCUCCCCUCUCUGGCCUCCAGCAACCCUCAGAUCGUCCCCCAGACUCCCCCCUCGCCAACCCAGGUGGCUCCCAACAGUGGCAUCGGCCGGGAGGUGGCCAAGGCGUGGGAGAGCGCCAUCCGGCAGGCCCUCAUGCCGGUCAUCUUCCAGGACGCUCCGCCGGCCGAGGGGAACACGCCUCACAGACAAGCUUCCAUCAGCAUAUCUGUGUCCAACAGUGAAAUCCAUGAAAAUGUGGAUAUUGGCACAGUGUACCAGAUUUUUGCAGAUGAGGUUCUGGGAUCUGGGCAGUUUGGAGUGGUUUAUGGAGGAAAGCACAGGAAAACGGGGAGAGAUGUUGCUGUCAAGGUCAUCGACAAACUUCGCUUUCCCACCAAACAGGAGAGCCAGCUGAGGAACGAGGUGGCCAUCCUGCAGAGUUUACGUCACCUGGGCAUCGUGAACCUGGAGUGUAUGUUCGAGACCCCGGAGAAAGUGUUUGUGGUGAUGGAGAAGCUGCACGGUGACAUGCUGGAGAUGAUCCUGUCCAGUGAGAAAGGCAGGCUGCCUGAGAGGCUCACCAAGUUCCUCAUCACCCAGAUUCUUGCAGCUCUGAGGCAUCUUCACUUCAAAAACAUCGUGCACUGUGACCUGAAACCCGAGAAUGUGCUGCUCGCCUCUGCUGAUCCCUUCCCACAGGUGAAACUCUGCGACUUUGGCUUCGCCCGGAUCAUCGGUGAGAAGUCCUUCCGUCGCUCUGUGGUCGGCACCCCUGCCUAUCUGGCCCCGGAGGUCCUGCUGAACCAGGGCUACAACCGCUCGCUGGACAUGUGGUCGGUCGGGGUCAUCAUGUAUGUCAGCCUCAGCGGGACGUUCCCUUUCAAUGAGGACGAAGAUAUCAACGACCAGAUCCACAACGCAGCCUUCAUGUACCCACCCAACCCCUGGAAGCAGAUCUCCAGCGAUGCGAUCGACUUGAUCAACAACCUGCUACAAGUCAUGAUGAGGAAACGUUACAGCGUAGACAAAAGUCUCAGCCACUCGUAUUUACAGGACUACCAGACGUGGCUGGACCUGCGGGAGCUGGAGACCAAGCUCGGCGAGCGUUACAUCACCCACGAGAGCGACGACAGCCGCUGGCAGACGUUCGCCCGCGAACACACCCUGCCGUAUCCCGCUCACCUCGUGCCGCCUCCUCCGGCCCCAGGCUCCGACGAGGAGGACGGCGGGGAGGACGCAGACGUGCAGGGCCUCACAGAGAGAGUCAGCAUCCUCUGA